AUGUCAUUAAAAAAAUUUAAUUCAUUAUUUAUUUCGCAUGGUGCACCAAAUUUAAUUUUGGAUAACACUGAUAAAACUAAAGGUUUUUUAAAAGGACUUUCAAAAAAUCUUCAUAAUGGCUCAAAACCAAAAGCUGUAUUAAUUAUAAGUGCUCAUUGGGAAGAAAAUGAUUUUACAAUCCAAACUACAGAGAAUCCAGAUGUAAUUUAUGAUUUUUAUGGUUUUGAAGAUGAAAUGUAUAAAUUAAAAUAUCCAACAAAAACAUCACCAGAAUUAAUUGAUAGAGUUACAGAAUUAUUUGCUAAAUCGAAAAUACCUUUAAAAAAAGAUAAUAAAAGAGGAUAUGAUCAUGGUGCAUGGGUUUCACUUAAACUUAUUUAUCCAGAUGCAGAUGUUCCAGUAGUUCAAUUAUCAUUAAAAGCAAAUCUAAAUGCUAAAGAACAUUAUAAUGUGGGUACUAUCCUUAGACCAUUACGUGACGAAGGCUAUCUAGUUUUAUCAAGUGGUGGUUCUGUACAUAAUUUAAGAGCUAUUUUCGAUCCAAAAUACCAAGUUGAUCCAUCUUGGGCCUCAAAUUUCGAAAAUUGGUUAUUCAAUACUAUCACCAAGAAAACUGGUAAAGAAAGAGAAAACGAACUUUUAAAAUACGAAUCAUUACCAUACACCCGUUUGGCUCAUCCAAGAACAGAGCAUCUUCUCCCAUUAUUUGUCGCUGCAGGUUGUGCUUCUGAUAUAUCUACAGGUAAACGUGUUCACGAUUUUUGGAAAACACCUGUAUUUAGCGUAUCAAGCUAUUUAUUUGAAGAUAAAGACGAUAAUAAAUUAUAAAAUAUUUAUUUAUAU